CAUUGCAUUUUUGUGCUGUUCGAAGAGUUUUUAAUCAUUUUUCGGGGGAUUUCAGUGGAAAUUGUGGCUAAAUGUGAUGUCGUCGUGCCAAAUGGAGGUCAAAAGUGUGUGUUCUAAUUGAAAAGAGGCCCAAAAUUGACGACGCCAUGUAAAUACGCGACAAAAUCCGUGGGACAUUCACUUUUCACAUACACUAACGUACAUGCAAAAGCAGGAAAAAAUCUAAAUUUCGCCAUAAAAUGGAUGUCUCGAAGUUAAACGAGCUUCUGGAAUGCUCUGUCUGUCUCAAUACGCUCGAUAUCUCGAGCAAAGUUCUUCCGUGUCAACACACGUUCUGCAAAAACUGCCUUAAGGAAAUUGUCGAAAGUCACAAGGAAUUGCGAUGCCCGGAAUGUCGUGUUUUGGUAACGAUCCCCGUCGACGACUUGCCGCCCAACGUUUUGCUCACACGAAUUUUGGAAGGCAUGAAAAACGCCGCGAAUCAGGCAACAAGUGCGACAAACAAUGCAAGUCCAUCGCACGAAACGGCCUCAAAAGUGAAACAAGAACCGCCAACGACGGAAUCGACGCCCGUUUCUGUGCCCGAAAAUGUCGGCGGCGGCAAUGUCAAGAUGAAACAUCCCCAUGCAAAGGCAAUUUACGACUUUAAUUCGAAGGAAAGUGGCGAUUUGAACUUUAAAAAGUCCGAUAUUAUUUUGUUGAAGAAGAAAAUCGAUCAGAAUUGGUAUAUUGGGGAGUUGAAUAGUCGAACGGGGUCUUUUCCGAUCAAUCAUGUGCAAAUAAUUGUACCGCUUCCUGUGGCACAAUGCAAAAGUCUUUAUGAUUUCAAGAUGAAACCGAAUGAGGAGGAGGGUUGUUUGACGUUCAAGAAGGGAACAGUGAUCAAUGUGUUGCGUCGCGUCGAUCAGAAUUGGGCGGAAGGAAGAAUUGACGAUGCAAUUGGCAUUUUUCCAAUUUCCUUUGUUGAGAUGAAUGCCGUUGCGAAGCAGCUGAUGGAGGUUUCUGCGAAAAACAUGCAACUCUCAUCGUCAACAUCAUCGCAUCCAAUGACAACUUCCUCGUCAUCGUCUGCCGCAACAAACGUUCGUACCGUGCCUAUACCGCCGUUCGAGACGACAUUCAAUAACAGCACAAACGCGAGUGACAGUUCGACAACAACUUCAACGAGUCCCCAUUCGACGCCCAGCAACACGAGUUCAAGCAAUUCAAGCACGGCGCCCAAUAGCCCGAUCAAUAGUCAAGAUACGGAAAAUUUAGUUGUAACAGUGCAGGCACGUCCCAUCACGACACGCGAAAAGCGAAAUUCGCUCACGGCGUUGAUCAGCACGGGAAAUGGCGGAAAUAUCGCGAGUCACGCCUCGAAUCGUCAUUCGGCGGAGAUUUUGAGUGUGCCUGAGUUGGAAAAUGUUCAACCGGGGACAGGAAAUCAAAAGAGUGAGACAGUUCGGAGACCCGAGAGAACGCAUCAUCGCUCGAAAUCGGGACAUCAUAAUCCGCAACAAACUCACAUUCAGCCAUAUGUCGCCUUAUAUCCGUACAAGCCGCAAAAACCCGAUGAGUUGGAAUUGAAAAAAGGAUCUGUUUAUUAUGUAUUAGACAAAUGUCAAGAUGGUUGGUUCAAAGGCGUCAAUCGUCAACAAAAAUCAGGAGUCUUUCCGGGAAAUUAUGUUGCUCCAAUUCGAACACGAGCCACGGAUAAUUCAUCUGGCAACUCACACUCCUCGAAUCAAAAGGGACAACCAAUCUUCAUCUCACGCGAUAAUUAUCAAAAAACGCUCCAACCGCCUCCCGAUCUUCCGCCGCGCAACAAUGCUCAACAAUCCACGGGCUCGAGUUUGUCGAAUUGGAGCAAAACGCUUCACAUGGAUUCACUUUUCAGCAGAAAAAGUAACGAAAACUCCCUAACUCAAGACCCAUCUCCGAAUGUUUCCCUCAAUUCGAGUAACGAAUCGCAAAAUCGCUCUGCCACAAAGGAGAAAAAAGACUCGACCGCCAUGAGUUUCGUGAAACGCUUAACAAAACGAAGCAAAUCUCCGUCAACAUCUACCGGAGCUUACUCCAUGGAUAAUCCCGUGUUUGAAGAUUCAUCGGUUUCUGGUCCAACAACGUCUGCGGGAGGCGCAAAAAAUAUUCAUUUGUCACAUCCGGUUCACGUGAGAUCCGGAAGUUGUCCAAGUCAACUUUUGCAAAAUAUCCCCAUGGAUGUGAUAAAUCAAGCAAAUCAAGGAAGCGGUCCGUUCGUUUAUGGCUCGCAACGUAUCAAGGGACACAAGGAACGUCCUUCAAUGGCACACCUUCGAACGAACGUAGAUCUGACAAUAAGUGCCGCCAAUAAUCGCUUACGCAAUGCACAAACAUCAAAUCAGUCGUCCAUGAUGAGUGUUUCAGCGACGCAAGCUGCAACGCCAUCGUCUGUCGUCACCGCCAACAAUCCGUCAAGUAAUCAUCACCACCGAAAGUCACAAAGUCUCGAUGCGAGUAGCUUAAUUGGGCCUGUAGCGAACGAAAAUAAGGCAAAUCGUGGGGCUUCUGCGGUCCAAAGUUCAAGUAACGGCGGAAAUCACACACGAGAAAGAUAUCGCUGCAUCGUCCCGUAUCCUCCAAAUAGCGAAUAUGAGCUUGAAUUACGCGUCGGCGACAUCGUCUUUGUCACAAAGAAACGCGAAAACGGUUGGUUCAAGGGACAACAUCAACGUUCGGGACGAAUUGGACUUUUUCCGUCGUCCUUCGUGCAACCUGACAUAUAAAAAAAACAACAAAAUCUGCCAUCCAAUGCGAAUUGAGAUUAACAUGAACAAGCACGUAUCUCACAUUUACACUAAAAUUAUGACAUAAUCAUAAAAAAUUAACUUUAAGCAACCUAAAAUAUUAUUACAUUUACGAGAAAUAUUUAUACAGGACAAUUUUUUUAGAUAUUAAAAUAUUUACUGAACAAGAUUAUGAAAGCAAACGAUGCAUUUAACGGAUAUUAUGACAAAAGAAAAUUUUUUUGAU